AUGGACGGCGCGACGACGACGGCGUCGGGAAAGCGCGCGGGGGCGAUCGACGAGGGCGCGGAGGCGCUCGUGGUGGAGUGCAACGCGCUCACGGUGGAGGUGGACAACGAAGUCGCCGUCGUGCAUCAGUACAUUAAAGACAGGUAUAAGAGUAAAUUCCCAGAGUUAGAGUCCUUGGUGCUGCAUCCGAUCGAUUACGCGCGAGUGGUGAAGGCGAUCGGGAACGAGAUGGACAUGAUGGGGGUGGAAUUGGACGGCGUGUUGCCGUCGGCGACCAUCAUGGUGGUGAGCGUCACGGGAUCGACGACGUCUGGACAACCGCUGAGCGAGAGCGAUUUGGAGAAGACUUUACGCGCGUGUGAUCGAGCGUUAGAGCUCGAUGAGGCGAAAAAGAAGAUGUUCAACUACGUCGCCACGCGCAUGGCGGACACGGCGCCAAAUUUGAGCGCAGUAUUGGGAAGCGACAUCGCGGCGCAGCUCAUCGGCAUCGCCGGCGGCUUGCACGCUCUGUCGAAAAUGCCGGCUUGUAACGUCCAAGUUUUGGGGUCUAAGAAGAAGGCGACCGCGGGCAUGUCGAGUGCAUCGGCUGUGCGAGCGGGAGAUUUGCACGCUGGCUUCAUUUACGACUGCGACAUUAUCCAAAAGAAGACGCCGCCCGCGUGGCGAAGCAAGGCGGCUCGUCUGAUUGGCGCAAAGUGUUCGCUUAUGGCGCGCGUCGAUGCGUACGGGGAGUCCCCGGACGGUGCCACUGGGAAGAAGUUUGCCGAAGAAAUCAUGAAAAAAAUUGAAAAGUGGCAGGAGCCGCCUCCCGCGCGAACGGCGAAACCUUUACCCGCGCCUGGAGUCGAGCAAAAGAAACGCCGAGGCGGUCGCCGCGCGAGAGCGCUCAAGGAAAGAUACGGUCUCACGGACAUGCGCAAGGCGGCGAAUCGCGUGAAUUUCAACGAAGUCGAAGAAGAGGCGGCCAAGCUCAUCAAGACGGAUAACAAGGGCGGAAAAUCCACGUUUGCUAGCACGGCUGGGACGUCCGGGAUGGCAUCUAGCCUGGCUUUCACGCCGGUCCAAGGAAUUGAACUCGUAAAUCCGAACAGAACGGCAUCGGAUGGUCCAGUCUCUGGCACCGACAGCGUCUUCUCCGAGCGCCGCGGCUUUUCAAACGUCGCGCGACAGCUCAAGCGAUAA